AUAGUGCCAUGUGUAUGACUGAAUACGGCAUCUGCAUGAGAUCUACAUGAAGCUAUUUGAGCUCAUUGUUACCACAGGCUUCCCAUUGUUCGUAGACGUCCACUGUUACUCUCAGUAGUAUUUCUGAACCACCUUUCCUGUGCUAAUAACGUCUCCAGCUCAGCUGAUGGAGCAGGUUAAAAGCCGCAGCACAUCUUCCUGACCGUCCAGCCGGACAUGCUUCAUGUUCCGACGCUAUUAAGGACCUUCCUGACCCGCAGGCGGACGCUGGAGAGAAACGCAGGUUGCUUUUUGAAGCUGUUCAGCACAAUGAGCGAAGGCGACACUGAGCGGAGAGGAAAGCAGCUGAAGAGAGCGACAGAAGAGAAUGAGGACUCUGCUGAGAGAGCCGCCAAAACAGCGAGAGCAGAGGAAAAGAACACAGAAAAGGACAAGAAAUAUCCCAAGAAAAAAGUGGUUCUCCUUCUAGCAUACUCUGGGAAGGGAUAUUAUGGCAUGCAGAGAAACUGUGGAAACUCUCAGUUUAGGACCAUUGAAGACGAUCUGGUCAGUGCUCUUGUUAAAGCUGGCUGUAUUCCUGAAGGCCAUGGUGAUGACAUGAAGAAGAUGUCUUUUCAGAGAUGUGCCAGGACAGACAAGGGUGUGUCUGCUGCUGGUCAAGUAGUGUCUCUGAAGUUAUGGUUGAUUGAGGACAUCGUUGAAAAAAUCAAUGAAAAUCUGCCACCACAGAUCAGGGUGAUUGGAUGCAAACGGGUGACCCAGGGCUUUAAUUCCAAGAACAACUGUGAUGCUCGUACAUAUUCCUACAUGCUUCCAACAGUGGCCUUUGCCCCAAAACAACAAACUUGGCAAGAUAGCAAACUUGGCGAUAUAGCAGCAUUUCGACUCGAGCCAGAGACAAUUCCAAGGGUGAACCGGCUCUUUGCUCUCUAUAAAGGCACCCACAACUUUCACAACUUCACCUCCCAGAAGGCUCCAAAUGAUCCCAGUGCCCGUCGCUACAUCUCAGAGAUGUCCUGUGGAGAACCUUUUAUGUGCAACAAUUAUGAGUUUGCAGUGAUUACCGUUCGAGGUCAGAGCUUUAUGCUGCACCAGAUUCGUAAGAUGAUCGGCCUGGUGAUUGCAGUAAUCAAGGGCUAUGCAAAGGAGGAGGUGAUGGAGCGGAGCUGGGGACAGCAGAAGGUAGAUGUUCCCAAAGCUCCGGGACUUGGGCUGGUCCUGGAAAUGGUUCACUUCACCCGGUACAACGAACGCUUCGGAAAGGAUGGUGUACACGAGCGGCUGGAGUGGGAUGUGGAGAAAGAGGCAAUCAAAGCCUUUAAAGAGGCCCACAUCCACCCCACCAUCGUGGAGACGGAGUGUCAGGAGGGCUCCAUGCUCAGCUGGAUGUCCAACCUUCCUAUCCAUGAUUUUGCAGCCACAGCCACUGGAACAAGAGACAGCAAGGACCAAAAACAGGACAACGCAGGGGAAGGAAAUGACUGAUUAGACUUCGAUGUAAGAAGAAAAAUAAAUACACUUUUUCAUCAAAACAUUUUGUCUUAUGUUCAAUAUGAUUGUUUAAAUUUUUCCUUUUAGGAGGAUUACAUUUUUUCCCUUAUACAUAGUUAUUAACAAA